UCUACGAGGCAACAACUCAAGACUCGGGCGCUCCAUCCAUAGAGCUCGGUUUCGGUUUCGGUUUUUAAGCCUGGUAUUCCGGUGUACCAUUUGUAAAAAUAAACUUCGCGUUGCGUGACAAAAGAGCUGGCGAAUCAAGCCGCCUUUUCGAGUGUCUGUGAACAAGUGGAAAAUUGGCCAAGACAACAAUAGAAAUCCGCACAACAAAAGGCGAACAAAAGCUGUUUUUAAUUGUGCACAAACGGCGGCUUGAAGUUAAAAAAAAUAUAAUAAAUUAAAACGAAAACAAAAUCAACCACUAGUUGAUUGAAACUCUAUUCGAAAACCCAACCAACUGGCUGAGGAAAACAAACGUUCAAAACCAAGAACCCAGAACCGAGAACCGAGAGGACGAGGACUCAAGAUGUCGGGCUUACGCAAAACAUCCAUUGCGCUGAUGAGGCGCUCCACUUCCAGCACCACCGCCACCAUUUUGCCGCAUUCCGGGGGCGGUGGAGCGGUGUCGCCGCCCAGCAGCGGAGUGGGCGUGGCAACGGAAAUUGAAAAAUCAAUUGCAAUGCAGCGACUGCGGACGGGAGAGACGGCGAAUCUGAAGAAAUUAAAUGUCAGCCAAGGAGCGGUGACGGCGGCAACAGCAACUCGGGCCACAACCACCGCAUUACCAGCGGAGAGCACCACCACCUCCACCGCCACCGCCACCGCCACCUCCUCCGCUGCAGUGCGUCCCUACUCGGAAGUGCCGGGUCCAUAUCCCCUGCCGCUGAUUGGCAACUCCUGGCGCUUUGCCCCACUAAUUGGAACGUACAAAAUUAGCGACCUGGACAAGGUUAUGAAUGAGCUGCACGUGAACUAUGGCAAGAUGGCCAAAGUGGGUGGCCUCAUUGGCCAUCCCGAUCUGCUCUUCGUCUUCGAUGGCGAUGAGAUUCGGAAUAUAUUCAAGAAGGAGGAGGCCAUGCCACACCGACCCUCGAUGCCCUCGCUGCGGCACUACAAGGGCGACCUGCGACGCGAUUUCUUUGGCGAUGUGGCCGGCCUAAUUGGCGUGCACGGGCCCAAGUGGGAGGCCUUCAGGCAGGAGGUGCAGCACAUCCUGCUGCAGCCGCAGACGGCCAAGAAGUACAUUCCGCCGCUAAAUGACAUUGCCAGCGAGUUUAUGGGCCGUAUUGAGCUGAUGCGCGACGAAAAGGACGAACUGCCAGCCAAUUUCCUGCACGAGCUCUACAAAUGGGCCUUGGAAUCUGUGGGUCGUGUUUCCCUGGACACAAGAUUGGGCUGUUUGUCUCCGGAGGGCAGCGAGGAAGCCCAGCAAAUCAUAGAGGCAAUCAAUACAUUUUUCUGGGCGGUUCCGGAGUUGGAGCUACGAAUGCCCCUGUGGCGGAUAUAUCCCACCAAGGCAUACAGAAGCUUCGUGAAGGCUUUGGAUCAGUUCACAGCAAUAUGCAUGAGGAACAUUAGCAAGACCAUGGACAAGGCCGAUGCCGAUGUGGCUAGGGGAGUGCCCAAAUCGGAGGCGGAUAUAUCCAUUGUGGAGAGAAUAGUGCGAAAGACGGGCAAUCGCAAACUGGCUGCCAUUUUGGCACUCGACUUAUUUUUAGUGGGCGUAGAUACGACCUCUGUGGCUGCCUCAUCCACCAUCUAUCAGCUGGCUAAAAACCCAGACAAACAGCAGCGCCUCUUCGAUGAAUUGCAAAAGGUGUUUCCCCAUCGUGAGGCCGAGAUCAACCAAAAUGUCCUGGAACAAAUUCCCUAUCUGCGAGCCUGUGUGAAGGAAACUCUGCGUAUGCGACCCGUGGUGAUUGCCAAUGGCCGAAGCCUUCAGUCGGAUGCUGUCAUCAACGGUUACCAUGUGCCCAAAGGCACGCACGUUAUCUUCCCCCAUUUGGUCGUCUCAAACGAUCCCGCAUAUUUCCCAGAACCCAAGCGUUUUCUACCGGAACGCUGGCUAAAACAGUCGGCACCAGAUGCAGCUGGGUGCCCCCAUGCCAGCCAGAAAAUCCACCCGUUUGUGAGUUUGCCCUUUGGCUUUGGGCGUCGCAUGUGCGUGGGUCGUCGGUUCGCCGAAAUCGAGUUGCACACUCUGCUGGCCAAGAUCUUCCGCAAAUACAAGGUCUCGUACAGUUCCGGUGAGUUUGUGUACCGUGUGAACUCCACGUACAUACCGCAGUCUCCUCUAAAUUUCAAACUGACGCUGAGGGACGAGUGAAGGCAGUGGGUCCAGAGAAGGGAUCUGGAGGCCCCGAGAGCUCAGCCUCAAAGCUGCAGUGACACACGGCGGAUGUGUGAUAUUUAUAGUCAAAGCCCAGCUGCUUUUUCUGCUGCUGCUUCUGCUGCGAUGUAUCUUUUUAAUUAAGCAAAUGUACAUAGCACACACAGAAUUUCACAGAAUUUGGGUUUAUCCCAUCGCCACGAGCGCAGUUUUGUGGGUGCGUGUAACUAAAUAAACGUUGUGUAUUUAUGUUGCUACA